AUGGCUUCGCAGCAGGAGGGACCCAACCCCUUUCGCCCAUACUACGUACCCUCCAUCGGCCUGUCUCCCACCGACAGUAUCACCGCCUCUUCCGCCGCCCAUAUCACGUCGAAUGCAUCGUCGAGAAUAACGAUCGGCCGCUCAACACGAGACCUGUUAUCGGAUUUAGAUUACAGCAACUAUCUCGAGUCAUCUCCUUCGGUGGCAGAAUGGUUCAAGGAUCUGCUCGACCGUGCGGUAUGGAAGUAUUCGAGUGUAUUGAUCGCGCAGCCAUUCGAUGUCGCGAAGACUAUCCUCCAGAUAUAUGUCGUGCCCAGCGACGAGCAGAGUCAAGUCAUACUCGAUGAACAACGUAGCCAGAGUCACCAUUUCGAAGAUAUUUCCGAUCAGGACUCCCAAUCUUCCGAUGACGAAAGUACCUACUUCACCUCUACUGCUCCCACUACGCCCUCUCCUUCAACUCCAAGAUCUCGAAAAUUACGCGCUCGUGUCCCAAGCCGUACCGGCUAUAUCCAGCCGCCUGCCGCCCCGAAACACCGUCUACAUAUCAAGAACGCCUCCUCGUUAACGGAAGUGAUUUCACAGCUAUGGUCGACAAGUGGACCGACAUCGGUGUGGAAAGCGUCAAAUGCUACAUUCAUAUACUCGCUACUCCUUCCCACGCUCAAUACAUUUAUUCGAAGUCUUUUGUCUGCAAUUCUCGGCCUGCCAGAAAUCGGAGUGGCAACGUCUGCUUCGGAGGAUAUCUUGACUGCAGCGUCUCCAAGCACGACAAUUAUUCUGAGCUUCAUUUCCUCUGCUCUGUCCGCGGUAGUGCUUUCGCCAAUUGACACCGCUCGCACAUUUCUUAUUGCUACACCUCUCACCCAUGGCCCACGCUCGCUUCUUCGAGCAAUCCGCCUUCUCCCGACUCCAAAUUAUUCCAUCCCCGUGCACCUAAUACCGAUCACCAUCCUCCACUCCAGUCUCCCGAACCUCCUCGCCAUGAGCACACCUCUGGUCCUCAAAAACUAUCUUGCCGUCGACCCUGUCCUGAACCCAUCGACCUGGAGUUUCUUCUCCUUCGUCUCAACUGGCUUAGAACUAGGCGUGCGAUUCCCACUGGAAACGGUCCUUCGCCGAGCCCAAAUCGCCACCUUCACAUCCCCCGCUCUCCGUCAGAAGAACCGUACGAAUCGCGAUCCAAAAUCCAAGGCCGUGAUUGGCACCAACACAGACGAAGCCGAAAUCGAAACCAUUAUCCCAACGCCCAAAACCUACAGAGGUAUUAUUGGCACGAUGUGGGGGAUUGUCUACGAGGAAGGCCUGGCUCCUGCAGAACUCGGCGGGAUACCGGGAAAUCCAACAACUCAACGACGACGCAAACCAGGACAGGGCGUCAAGGGUCUCUACCGUGGUUGGAGAAUCGGUAUGUGGGGGUUGGCUGGGAUCUGGGGAGCAGGUUUCCUCGGUGCUAGUAUGGGUGGUGAAGAGGAGGGAUAUCGCAGUGAGAUCCGGCGGUUCUAA